AAUUGCUCUGGACAGCUCCUGAGUUACUGAGGGACCCGGACAUGUGCAGAAAAGGCACAUUCAAAGGGGAUAUUUACAGCUUUGCAAUCAUCCUCCAAGAAGUGGUUGUUCGGGGUCCACCAUACUGCAUGUCAGAAUUCUCAGCUGAAGAAAUUAUAAAGAAAGUGAAGAAGCCCCCUCCUCUGUGCCGCCCAAACGUAGCCCCCGAGUUGGCCCCCCUGGAGUGCAUCCAGGUAAUGAAGCAAUGCUGGGGUGAAUCCCCCGAACGACGUCCAACCUUUGAGGAGGUAUUUCAUAAGUUCAAAACCAUCAACAAAGGGAAAAAGACCAAUAUCAUUGACUCGAUGCUCAGGAUGCUUGAGCAAUAUUCAAGCAACCUGGAAGAUUUAAUCAGGGAGCGGACCGAAGAGCUAGAGAUUGAAAAACAGAAGACAGAAAAACUACUGUCACAAAUGCUCCCCCCAUCAGUGGCAGAAGCCCUCAAGACUGGUGGCACUGUGGAGCCAGAGUAUUUUGACCAGGUGACCAUCUACUUCAGUGACAUCGUGGGCUUCACAACGAUUUCAGCCCUCAGUGAACCCAUUGAAGUAGUUGACCUUCUGAAUGAUCUUUACACACUGUUUGAUGCUGUUCUUGGAAACCAUGAUGUUUACAAGGUGGAGACAAUUGGCGAUGCCUACAUGGUUGCCUCAGGGCUCCCAAAACGGAAUGGAAACAAACAUGCGGCUGAGAUAGCCAACAUGUCCCUGGACAUCCUCAGCUCGGUGGGAACGUUCAAAAUGAGACACAUGCCAGACAUCCCCCUCAGGAUACGAAUCGGGCUGCACACAGGGCCUUGCGUGGCAGGCGUGGUGGGGCUUACCAUGCCACGGUACUGCCUCUUUGGAGACACGGUGAACACGGCGUCACGGAUGGAGUCCACAGGCCUGCCUUACAGAAUUCAUGUCAGCCAAAGUACAGUGGAUACGCUUCGGAGUCUAAAUGAAGGCUAUGAAAUCGUACCUAGGGGAAAAACAGAACUGAAGGGUAAAGGAGUAGAGGACACAUAUUGGCUAGUUGGGAAAAAAGGCUUUCUGAAGCCCUUACCUAAACCUCCUGAAAUAAAGCCAGGCUACAACUGGCCAGAUGUGCUGACCAGGAAACUCAAAUCUGUCCUGAGGGACACAAAGAGGACACUGACAAAAGCCACCUUUAAAGAGCUGGGGAGCACGAAGGAGGCUGGAAUAAGUAUUGAAGAGGAUGAAAUCUGA